GAAAGGAAAGGAGAGCUCCGGGUUUGCUGAGAAAAGGCUGGGUGCGCUAGAAACACGGAAAGUCACGGAUCAUGCUUAUGGGAACUUCCGAUUCCGUCUCGAUAAGAGUGGCUCUGCCUGAUGCUCUAUCAUGACUGAUGGCGAGGGGAGAGCGCGCUUUCAGUAUGCAGAGUGCCAGGAGGGGCAGGAGCAGGAGGAAGUGCAGGAGGAGGUGAGGCUCGCCAUACCGACGCCCUACAGGAAUGACGCCCCGGGUCGUGAUGUUGACCCUGGCGGAGGCAGUGAUGAAGAGGACGAGGAGAAAGAGGAAGUGGAGAGGAGGAGGAGGAGGAGGAGAAGGAGCAGCGGUGUUCGGGGAGAAGGAGGAGAUGAGUGGAGUCCUGAGGUUCAAGAACCGGAGCUGGAAGUGGAAGUUGGACCAACGCUGGGAGUUCGCAUCACGGCUCCUAUUCGCGAUCCAGACUGUGUCUCCGAGGAGGAGGAGCAGCAGCCGUACCCGGCCCUGGCCCCCGUGGCCUUCUUCUGCUUAAAGCAGACAACGAGGCCUCGAAACUGGUGUCUUCGUGUCGUCUGUAACCCGUGGUUCGAGCACGUGUCCAUGCUGGUGAUCCUGCUCAACUGUGUGACUCUGGGGAUGUUCCAGCCCUGUGAAGACGUCACCUGUCAGUCAGAGUGGUGCCGCAUCCUACAGGUGUUGGACGACUGUAUCUUUGCUUUCUUCGCUGUGGAAAUGGUCAUCAAGAUGGUGGCCCUGGGAAUUUUUGGCUCCAAUUGUUACCUUGGUGACAAGUGGAACCAGCUCGACUUCGUCAUUGUAAUGGCAGGGGUGAUGGAGUAUUCUCUGGAUGGCCAUAACGCCAGUCUGUCCGCCAUCCGUACCGUCCGAGUGCUCAGGCCACUGCGCGCCAUCAACAGAGUUCCAAGUAUGCGGAUCUUGGUGACACUGCUGUUGGACACCCUACCCAUGUUAGGAAAUGUCCUCCUCCUCUGCUUCUUUGUCUUUUUCAUCUUCGGCAUUGUGGGAGUCCAGCUGUGGGCGGGACUUCUGCGCAAUCGCUGCUUCCUGGGAGAGGAUAUCAAAACAAUGUACAACUUGUCCAUAAGUUCUUACUACAUGUCCGAGGAGGGUGAGGACAGCCCGUUUAUCUGCUCGGCUGCACGCGAGAACGGGAUGCUGCGCUGCCACGAUGUGCCGCCCUACACCGAGGGCGGGGCUGAAUGUUCACUGGCUGCCCCCCACCAAAGUUCGGCUUUGAUUGGAUCGGCCCCUGUGGUGGGAGGAGCCAGUGUUAAUGGCUGCGUUAACUGGAACCAGUAUUAUAAUGUUUGUCGCCCCGGGAACCUCAACCCUCACAAGGGAGCUGUCAAUUUCGACAACAUCGGCUACGCCUGGAUAGCUAUAUUCCAGGUCAUCACUCUAGAGGGAUGGGUUGAUAUCAUGUACUAUGUCAUGGAUGCACACUCCUUCUACAAUUUUAUAUAUUUUAUACUGCUCAUUAUUGUGGGCUCUUUCUUCAUGAUCAACUUGUGCCUCGUGGUCAUCGCCACCCAGUUCUCUGAGACGAAGCAAAGGGAGAACGCCCUGAUGAGGGAGCAGCGUGCACGCUACAUGUCCAAUGACUCCACGCUGGCCAGUUACAGCGAGCCAGGCUCAUGCUAUGAGGAGAUGCUGCGCUACAUCAGUCACCUUUAUCGCAAGUUAACACGCAGGCUGCAGAGGAUAUACUCGGGAUGGCACAGUAAACGGCGUAAAAAGGUGAAUCCUAAUGGCAGUGGCGGAGGCAGUAACGGUGGGGGUAAUGGACAUGGCCACGGUUCCAGCAGGGGCUGCGGAAGCUCAGGUCCUAAUAGUGCAUUGUGGCUGAGGCCGAUCCAUAACCUUCUGCAGGACCAUCAGCACCAGCACUGUCGCCUCAGCAACGGGGGGCAGCACACCAUCAGCGUGGGAACGGCCGAGCACAUAGACGGAGAAGGAGGCAUUGGAGGAGGGGAGGAACUGGAGAUGAAGUCGCUUCCUGUCCGGAGAGGAAGUGCAAAUGGAAAUAACAGUGGCGGCGGCAGCGGCAACCCAUCUGUUGCCACCCAUGGCAUGGGGGCAUUGCUCGGGCGGCUAAAUGGGGGAAUGAACUAUCCGACCAUUCUGCCGUCUUUUGUGUGCAGCUACAGCAGUAAGACGCCACCACCUCACUCCCAGCAGUGCAGGCCCAGCCCAGAGCAGCACCCACCAAACCACCCAGCGUCCGAACACACAGAGACACUGAACAAGCUCUACCAGCUCAUGGGACAGCACAGUCGCCAGAGGCUGCUGUACCAGCUGGCAGGCGUGGUGCCCAGCCCUCUGCUCCUGGAGCUGCUCAGCUGCCCUCUGUGUGCCCGCAGCCUGGAGACCUUAGAGCUGGAACUGGGAGACCUGGAGGGAGGCAGAGGAGAGGCAGACGGACUGCACGACUUCCCCCAGGGGGGAGAUCUGAGAGGUGGAAGAGGUCGGGGCAGGCGGCGGGGGGUCAUGGAGUACAAAAACGGAGCGGUUCGGGCGUGGAUAGACUUCAGGGAAAAACUGAAGCGGAUCGUGGAAAGUAAAUACUUUAACAGGGGCAUCAUGAUCGCUAUCCUCGUCAAUACUCUCAGCAUGGGGAUAGAGUACCACGAGCAGCCCGAGGAGUUGACUGAUGUGUUAGAGAUCAGUAACAUAGUCUUCACCAGUAUGUUUGUCUUGGAGAUGGGCUUCAUGCUGCUGGCAUUCGGCUUGUUUGGAUACAUCAGGAACCCUUACAACAUCUUCGAUAGCAUCAUCGUUAUCAUCAGCGUGUGGGAAAUAAUCGGUCAGGCAGACGGUGGACUGUCAGUCCUGCGAACAUUUCGUCUGCUGCGGGUUCUGAAGCUGGUUCGCUUCCUGCCUGCCCUGAGGAGACAACUGGUAGUGCUGAUGAAGACCAUGGACAAUGUGGCCACCUUCUGCAUGCUCCUCAUGCUUUUUAUCUUCACUUUCAGUAUACUGGGUAUGCAUCUGUUUGGUUGUAAAUUCAGUCUCCAAAUGGAGAAUGGAGACACAAUCCCUGACCGCAAGAACUUUGACUCUUUACUCUGGGCCAUCGUCACUGUAUUCCAGAUUCUUACCCAAGAGGACUGGAAUGUGGUGUUGUAUAAUGGCAUGGCCUCUACCUCCCCAUGGGCGGCUCUCUACUUUGUUGCUCUUAUGACAUUUGGCAACUAUGUGCUCUUCAAUUUACUCGUGGCCAUCUUGGUUGAGGGCUUCCAGGCUGAGGGCGACGCCAAUCGGUCGGAAUCAGAUGAUGAGAAGAGAUCGGACAACUUUGAGGAGGACGAGAAGGUAGAACAGCUCAGAGACACCGAACUAAAGAUGUACUCUCUGAUGAUGACAGCUAACGGACACGUUGACCCUCGCGGCUCGAUGGCUCCUCCUAUAAUCAUGCGAACGGCAGCCACACCCAUGCCCACUCCUAAGAGCUCUCUGGGACCUGAGUCCAUCCUUGAGGAGGAGCUCAUGUACAGAGAAGGCGUGCCUCGGUAUGGCGAGGGGGGGCUGGGGUUUUCCGAGGCGGGAGUUGGUCAUGCAGAGUCUCGCCGUGGAAGCUCCACCUCCAUGGACCCCUUAGCCUAUGACCAGCGUUCUCUGAGCCUCUCAAGUCCCGGCCGGCGCUCUCCUGUUCCUCCCCGUGGAUCCGGCAGCUCAUGGGGAAGCCGCCGCUCCAGCUGGAACAGCCUGGGAAGAGCGCCGAGCCUCAAAAGGCGAGACACCAGUGGAGAGAGGGAGAGCCUGUUGUCCGGUGAGGGAGGAGAAGAGGAAGACGGCGGGGAGGACAGUGGGCAGGCUGGGGGAAACAGCAGAUUACAGCCAGGGUCUUUGGAGCUGCUGCAAGCGUCUACUCUCUUGCCUUCCAUAAUAGCUGAGUAUGGUGACUGUAACGGGAGGAGUCUGACUUAUGACCCCAACAUGAUCUCAGACCCCAAGGAAGACCCUUCGCCUGAAGAUGACAUGGAUGAUGAUAGUUCCUUGUGCUACUGGAUCAAGAAAAAGCUCCGUAACAUGAAGCCCCGCUGGUGCAAAGAGCAUGAAGAUUGGACGCUGUAUUUGUUCUCCCCAGAGAGCCUAUUCCGUGUGUGGUGCCAAAGUGUGAUCUCUCACAAAAUGUUCGACCAUGUGGUUCUGGUUUUCAUCUUCCUCAACUGCAUCACCAUUGCUCUGGAAAGACCUGACAUACAGCCGCACAGCACGGAGCGAGUGUUUCUGAGUGUGUCCAACUACGUUUUCACUGUGAUCUUCCUUGCAGAAAUGGCCAUUAAGGUUGUAGCUCUCGGUUUCUGCUUUGGGAAGCAGAGCUACCUCCAGUCCAGCUGGAACGUUCUGGAUGGUUUGUUAGUGUUUGUGUCUUUGGUCGACAUUCUGGUCUCUCUGGCCUAUACUGGCGGAAACAGGAUCCUGGGCAUCCUCCGAGUCCUACGCCUACUACGAACACUACGCCCACUCAGGGUAAUCAGUCGAGCUCCGGGAUUGAAGCUGGUUGUGGAGACUCUCAUCACCUCUCUUAGACCCAUCGGGAACAUUGUCCUUAUUUGCUGCGCCUUCUUCAUUGUCUUUGGCAUCUUGGGGGUGCAGCUAUUCAAAGGGAAGUUCUACCACUGUGAAGGUCUGGACACGAAAAACAUCACCAACAAGUCAGACUGUCUGCAGGCGAGUUACCGCUGGAUUCGAAGGAAGUACAACUUUGACAACCUGAUCCAGGCCCUGAUGUCAUUGUUUGUUCUGUCAUGUAAGGAUGGCUGGGUCAACAUCAUGUAUGAUGGGCUGGAUGCAGUGGGAGUGGACCAACAGCCUGUGAGAAACCACAACCCCUGGAUGCUGCUCUACUUCAUCUCCUUCCUGCUCAUCGUCAGUUUCUUCGUCCUCAACAUGUUUGUCGGUGUUGUGGUGGAGAACUUCCACAAGUGCCGGCAGGACCAGGAAGAGGAGGAGGCCCGCUUACGGGAAGAGAAGAGGCUCAAAAUGAUAGAGAAAAAGCGCAGGAGUAAGGAGAAUGGAGGGGCUGAGGCUAAGCAGAGGCCUUACUAUGCGGACUACUCUCCCCUGCGUCUGUCCAUCCACACACUGUGCACCAGCCACUACCUGGACCUCUUCAUCACCUUCAUCAUCUGCAUUAACGUCUUCACCAUGAGCAUUGAGCACUACAAUCAACCACAGUAUUUAGAGGAGGUUCUGAAGUACUGUAACUACGUGUUUACCGUCAUCUUCGUCAUCGAGGCCCUGCUCAAACUCAUGGCAUUUGGAAUACACAGGUUCUUCAAAGACAGGUGGAAUCAGCUGGAUGUAGCUAUAGUGGCAUUGUCCAUCAUGGGCAUCACCCUGGAGGAGCUGAAAAUGAACGCAGCGCUGCCCAUAAACCCUACCAUCAUCAGAAUCAUGAGAGUGCUCAGGAUAGCACGAGUUCUAAAACUUCUGAAGAUGGCCACAGGGAUGAGAGCUCUGCUGGAUACUGUCAUGCAAGCACUGCCACAGGUGGGAAAUCUUGGUCUCCUCUUCAUGCUGCUCUUCUUCAUCUAUGCUGCGCUGGGAGUGGAGCUCUUUGGCAAACUGGAGUGCAAUGACAACAACCCGUGUGAGGGCUUGAGUCGUCACGCAACUUUUGAAAAUUUUGGGAUGGCCUUCCUAACGCUGUUUCGAGUGUCCACUGGAGACAACUGGAAUGGGAUUAUGAAAGACACACUGAGGGAGUGUCGUUCAGAGGACCGCCACUGUCUCUCAUACCUGCCCUUGGUCUCUCCGAUUUACUUCGUCACCUUUGUCCUCAUGGCCCAGUUUGUCCUGGUCAAUGUGGUGGUGGCUGUUUUGAUGAAACAUCUAGAGGAAAGCAACAAGGAGGCUAAAGAGGAUGCAGAGAUGGAUGCAGAGAUCGCCUUGGAAAUGGCUAUGGAGAGGCAACGCAAACUAAGCACAACCUCCAACAACAGCUCUCUGGGAGGAACGUAUGUUGGGCCAUGUCCACAUUCACCUGGACAGGAGGAAGAGGUCCAGUAUGAAGACCCAGACCUGCUGUCGUCAAGGAAGAUGUCCGUAUCCAGGAUGCACUCUCUGCCUAACGACAGCUACAUGUUCCGACCUGUACGGCCCGCCAGCGCCCCCUAUACUUUGGAAGAGGUGGAUCUCAGCCCCCAACAACAGCAUUCAGGCUCGGUGACGUCGGUCCACUCCCAGCCAUGUGAGAGCCGUGCUCUGCUGCAGGUACCAGACGUUUCCCCCGUUCACCCUCGGUCACCUCCCACGGUCACCCUGCCCCGCAUCGCCCCGCCCACGCCCAGCCCCUCCCCACGUGCCCUGCGCAGACAGGUGGCAGUUAAAGUGGAUUCAGUGGAAUCUCAGGGUUGUGAGCAACAGCAGAGGCCAAACCCUGUCCAUCUGCCUCCCCUGUCCCCUUCUUCCCUCUCUCCUCAUACCUCCUCCCCAUCUCCCCUUCCUCCUCCACCUCCCUCUUCUCCUUCAGCACUCUCCGUCCCACCCAGCUCCCCCUCUGCCUUUCCGCUCCCUCCACCCUCUCCUUCUCCUCUGCCUCCUCUCCUGCAUUCCCCCUCUCCCCUCCCUCCUCCACCGUCUUCCCCCUCGCUUCUUCUCCCUCCACCUCCCUCCCCUCGUCUCCCCCUGCGCCCGCCGAGCCUUCGGAGACCUAGACCACCAUCCGCUGCCUCCUUCUGCGACCUGGCCGAUGAGGAGGUGUAUCACAUCACCAGCUCAGCCCGCCACGGGUGGAGAGAUGAGGAGGGAGGCGGGCAGGAGAGCAGAGGGAAGGCCGGCCGCAGCCACUCCCUCUCCCCCUACACCUCCCCGUACUCUCUCGACUCCUCCCCUCCUCCUCCCCCACUAUUGCCUUCCUCCUCAAGGAGCACUCUCAGUCUGCUUGGGCCAGGAUUGAAGGACCGUGACUUUAGGAAGGGCUUUAGCGUUGACAACCAGGGCUUCCUGGACAAGCCGCCAUCAUUGUCUGUUGGUUACCCUGACGACCAGCGCCGCCACUCCAUCGAAGUCUGCCUUCCACAAGCUGUCAUCGCCAGUGAUGACCAACACUUAAAAGAGGAAGCCCACCGGUCGCAAAAGGGUGGUCAGGCAUUUCCUAUGAGGGUGCAGUCGGUCGGGGGUGGCCACAGAAAGAAGAAGAUGAGUCCUCCUUGUAUAUCCAUCCACCCGCCCUCAGAGAGGGAACACCCCCAAAUCGCCUCACCCCCAAAACUUGCUGACUGCAGCAUGAUGCUGAGACGUAGGACACCCUCCUAUGACUUGACCCCACACACACAGUCAAACACGCACACACAAGACGUCUCGGCAGAUACACAGAUGCACUCCCCGCUGCACACAGCGCUAACGCCUAUCCACAUGCCACUGCAAGCACACUCACCAACUCACACACUGACACCCUCACGGGCAUCUACGCCGACACACACUCAGACAUACACUCCACCGCACCCAUCCACACCUACGCAUCCACACAUCCCCAUCAGCCCAAACAUCUUUAUCCAGCCUCAUGCACCUCUUGUCCCAAACACUAUGCCUUUCUCACAGACACACUCCCUCUCCCCUGCUGCAAGGCACCCCUCUCUCACAGGGGACUACAUCCCCCUCCCCCAGUUCACCUUCGACCAACCACAGUCCAGAUACAUGAGCGGCCUGUCAGCUGGCCUAUCAGACACUGACACAGCCACCUGCUCCUCCCCUUUCGACACCAGACUGGGAAGCGGUGCAGGAUUCAGUGCAAAGAACCGGAGGACCGCCCAAUGAACAUCGAGCAUUACCUUCAAGAAGUCAAUUUAUUUGGUCCAAACUCUCUGGAGCUGGACUCGCGGGGGCCUUGGCUGACCUCAGCAGAGACUGGUGCUGGGGGGAGACUGAGAGAAAGAAGUUUACUGGGAGAGGGACUUUUUUUUGUUUUUGAUUUAAUGAAUACUGACAAAACAUGGAUUACUCUCUCCAGAGAGACCCUGGUACAGUACUGUCCCAGAGUAAAAUACAGUGGAUUUUCCUGAACCCAGCGCAAAGGACAGCAGAUCCACUGAGGUUGUACCAGUCAAACAGGACCCACUGUACAUGGUGUGUUUGAACUAAUACUAAUAGCACACCAGGACUAAAGCCACCUAACUCCGUAGCCAAAGUUUUUUUUGACACACUGUCCCUACCCACGCGAGCCAAUCAGGAAGCAGCGUCUGGCUGAUAACCUCUGACCUUUACAGGAAGCGGUUUGUGAAAUGCGAGCGUGGGGGGAAUUGUGGGAUAUGCAACUUCAGGUUUUCUACAGAAGUUCUACUUGCCCCUCCUCUGCUCCUCGAUCACAUUGAUCAGAGCAGAAGUGUGUGUGUGUGAGUGAGCGUGUGUGCGUUUUCCUGUGUGCGAGUAUUGUCAAAUCCGUCGUCAUGGAAGUCGGCCAUGUUAUUCUUACGCCUGCAAUGACAGAGAGGGGGAGCAGGGCAGAGCUGUAGUGUACGUUUAUCUGUGUAUCUGUGCAGUGUAAA